GAUGAUAUUCUGGAAAUUGCUGCAUACUUAAUUCUCCAUACCCAGUUAUUCUUCUGGUCCAGAGGUUUGUGCUUCAGGCCUUGCUGUUUCCUCCCUCCCCUUGGUUGCUUGAUAGAGUUGGGCCACUCCUAAACCCUGAGUCACAGGAGGCUAGGCAAGACUGCUUGAAGCUGGAUCUGUUCCUGCUAGGAGCUGAGAGUCUGGGCAGGCUAUUUAAUCGGAUUAUCUGGGGCCCCGGGCACAGGCUGGGCUUUCAUCAGAGGUGAAAAUAGGGUUCUCUUAGCAUGGCCUCUGGAACACAGGAGGGUCAGCACGUAUUUCUGGCCUGGUGUUGCUCUGACUCCAGAAUCCACAUCCUUGACCUUAGCUUUUGGGGUCUCCAGGGAGAAGAGGUAUGAUUAUAGAGUUGGAAGACUCCAGACCUAUGUUGGACAGUACACUGAGGGCUGAAGGUGAUCCUAAAGAGGGCGGCCCUGAAUGUCUUGACAGAGAAGCCAUGACCUUAAAAUGUAGUGAACUUAGAUCCUUAAAUAUUUACCAGGGGUUGGAGAAAUGGCUCAGAGGUUAAGAACUCUGGAUGCUUGCUCUUCCAGAGGACCUGAGUUCAAUUCCCAGCAACCACAUGGUGGCUCACAAUCUUCCAUAAUGAGAUCUUGUGCCACCUUCUGGCCUGAAGGGAUACACGCAGGCAGAACACUGUAUAUAUAAUAAAUAUGUCCAGGUGAUGGUGUUAUACACCUUUACUCUCAGUACUUGGGAGCCAGAGAUCCAUCUGCCUUGUAAGUACCUGAUACAUCCUGUUUGUUUUUCAGGACAGAGUUUCUCUGUGUAGCCCUGGUUGUCCUGGAACUCGCUUCGUGGAUCGGGCAUCUAUCUGCCUGUCUCUGCCUCCCAAGUACUGAGAGUAAAGGCAUGCAACACCAGAGCUGUAUGGUGCAGUCCUUGUCUCAAAUAAUGACAUUGAAAAAAGUAUAUAUCAGGGCAGUAAAGAUAGUUCAGAGGACCUGGGAGUGGUGGUACAAACCUUUAUUCCUAGCACUCAAGAGGCAGAGGCAGACGAAUCUCUUGAGUUUGAGGUCAGCCUGGUCUACAAAGCAAGUUCCAGUACACAGCUAGAACUGUUACACAGAGAAACCCUGUCUUAAAAACAAAACAACCAAAAAAAAGUAUCUCUGGUGCAGAGUCCUUUGGCUGCAAGUGCUUGAGUGUUCUCAUCUGCCCAGGCACCUGCUGGGAUGACUCAGAAAACAAAAAUGGCCAUAGCCCAUCUUUGAGUUUCUUACCCCUGGGGCAGUUCAGGAUUUGAGGAUCAACAGGCACCGGAAAAAGUAUUGAGUAGGGAGUGACCCUGGGGACAUCUGAUGCUCAAGCUUGAUCCCACCAAGGAAAGGAAUUUGCUUUAAAUUGCUGGUAAAAAGUUGACAAUUUAGCCAUUGGGGCCGUUAAGCCUGACAUCCAGACCUUGGGUGGAGAGGGGGCGUGGUGCCCCAGGGGAGGUGUCUGGGCUGUGGAGAACAGGACACCUGAGUUUGUGUCGGGACAGCACAGCCUCUGGGAGGGAUUGGGGGAGGAGUCGGGCUUUAAGAACCUUCCACCAAGGCUGAGCACAGGUGGGGAAGUUGUGUGGCACCUGGGUUCGCUCCCGGCAGCUGUGGGAGCCUUGGAAACCAAGAACCUCACCGAGUUGCAGCCUCCACGGAAGACUCCGUCCCGCCCCAGCAGAGGGUAGGGAGCGGGACUGGCAGUAGCUAGACUUGAGGGAGCACAACCUCUUCAGGACACUGGCGACAGACUAGGAUUCAAGGAUUCAGCGUUCCGCCUUCCAGAGGUGACGAAUUCACUCCUGGGAACAAAGGUUCGAGUCAAGGACUCUGGAAGAUACUUAAGUACCCAGACUUCACUCUGGGAGGAGGGCAUUCAAGACGCCCUCUCAAAGACGCUUUACUUUCAACCCAUGGCGUUGCCCGGCUCCUCACAAGCCCAGACUUGGGGCUUGGAGCCUCCGGUCCCCACAGCCUCUUUGUCCUUGCGACCUCAGGAGCAGGAGGGUGCCGGGAGCCCUGGAGCGUCUGGGGGUCUUCCGCUGGAGAAGGUGAAGCGGCCCAUGAACGCCUUCAUGGUGUGGAGCUCUGUUCAGCGCCGCCAGAUGGCGCAGCAGAACCCCAAGAUGCACAACUCUGAGAUCUCGAAGCGCCUGGGCGCGCAUUGGAAGCUGCUGGAUGACGAAGAGAAGCGUCCCUUCGUGGAGGAGGCCAAGCGGCUACGAGCCCGUCACCUCCGCGACUACCCCGACUACAAGUACAGGCCUCGGCGCAAGAGCAAGAACUCGGGCACCGGGUCUGUCCACUUCAGCCAGGGAGGAGGCGGCCUGGCCUGUGGUGGUCCGCACUGGGGGCCCGGGUACACAACUACGCAAGGGAGCAGAGGCUUUGGGUACCAGCCUCCCAACUAUUCGUCAGCCUACCUGCCCGGCAGUUACACCUCUUCCCAUUGUAGACCGGAGGCCCCCUCGUCGUGCUCCCUUCCUCAGAGUGAUCCUAGGCUCCAGGGGGAGCUAAUGCCCUCUUUUCCCACCUACUUAUCCCCGGGCUCUACCACUCCAUACAGUACUUCCCUUGCUGGUGCCCCAUGUCUGUAACCCA